AUGACCUUUAUCGAUACCAGGCUGGACCUGCCAUCGUUGUUCAAGAAGCAGGUCCAGGCAACGCCCGAUGCCGUUGCUUUGGAGGAUGAAAAGACCACAUACACUUAUGCGCAGCUAGACAAGGAAGCUGAGGCCCUUGCCACUCGCCUCCGUCUCCGCGGAGUCGGCCGAGACAGUCUGGUUGGAGUGCUCCUACCUCGCAGCGCACACUAUGUGAUUGCGUGCCUCGCAGCCCUUCGCGCCGGAGGAGCAUUCUUGGUCCUGGAGCUCGCAUAUCCGCCGGGUUUGUUGGCUGAUGUCAUUGACGAUGCGAAGCCGGCCGUCGUGAUCACCCACGGGACCGAGGCCAACAAAGUCACCGCCGAGUGCCCGGUCAUCCUCCUCGACGAAUCGACCCCCGAAGAAAGCUACGAUGCCUCGGAACUGCCCCCACUGCCGGCGGAGGACGAUUUGGAUAGGUUGGCGUUUGUGUCCUACUCCUCUGGCACAACCGGCAAGCCCAAGGGAAUUGCCAACCCCCAGAGAGCCCCGGUGCUUUCAUACAACCUUCGAUUCGCAGUACAAGAUUUGCAGCCCGGGGAUCGAGUGGCUUGCAAUGUCUUCUUCAUUUGGGAGAUGCUACGUCCGCUGUUCAGAGGCGCUACGGUCAUUUGCGUCCCCGACGAAGUCAGCUACGAUCCCGCGGCCCUGGUCGACCUGCUCGAAUCAAAAAAGGUCACCGAGACACUCAUGACACCCACUCUACUCGCCACUGUCCUCUCACGCUACCCGCACAUUGCUACUCGUCUUCCCGAUCUGCGAACUCUUUGGCUCAAUGGCGAGGUUGUGACCACCGAUCUCGCCCGCCGCGGCAUCGGGACUAUGCCCAAUACCCGCUUCCUCAACUGCUACAGUGCCUGCGAGACCCACGAGAUUGCGUGUGGUGAUAUCCGUGAUAUGCUCCAGACGGAAUCCCACUACUGCCCUGUGGGUCUGCCACUGAUUCAGACGUACAUCCUCAAUGAUAAGGAAGAGGAAGUGGAAGCGGGUACUGCGGGUGAGUUGUUUGUUGGAGGAGACAUGCUGGCUCGGGGAUACCUCAACCUCCCGGAAACGACUGCCAAGGCCUUCAUUCCUAACAAAUUCGAUACCAAGCCCGGUGCUCUCAUGUACAGGACUGGCGACUUGGCUCGCAAGCUGCCGUCGGGACAUAUUGAGAUUACGGGCCGAGUGGGUGCCAUGAUCAAGAUUCGUGGAUAUUCAGUUGUUCCAGCCAAGGUGGAGAGUGAGAUUUGCGAGCACUUGGCGGUCAACCAUUGUGCCGUCACUGCUCAUGGUGAUGGUCUGGAUCGCCAGUUGUGCGCUUACGUCGUGGUCGAUGAGGAGCAUGCGUCUGAUGCACGACCGCUGGUUGAGGUCAACGAGUCCGGACACAGCCCUGCGGCUCGUCGCAUUCUCGAGCCUCACCUCGCCCACUAUAUGAUACCCUCUCUGUGGGUUGUCAUGAAGGAGUUGCCCACCCACGAGGUCUCUGGCAAGGUCGAUCUCAAGAGUCUUACUCCGCCUCGUACCCCCACCCCCAACAGCACUGAGCGCGUGGUGGAAAAGGAUCCAAUUGGCAUCGACGAUAUCGCGACCAUUUGGGCAACUGUCCUGAAGGUUAGCAAGUCCAACUUGAAGCCCGAAGACAAUUUCUUCGACCUUGGAGGCCACUCUCUAUCGCUUGCAGACCUCGCUGGCCGCCUGUCUCGUCACUUCGGUUUCCGAAUCCCCAUUCCACGACUGGCAGAGAACGUUACACUCUCCGGUCAAUUGAACACUGUGCGUGCGGUUAGAGAUGGCCACACCGCUGCGGUGCAGGCAGAUCUUCCCGCCGUUUUGGUCGCUGAUGCCACCCUUGAUGACGAGAUCAAGCCUCCUUCGAAUUCUACCCUCAAAUCUAUCGCUUCGGCUGAUACCGUGCUGUUGACCGGUGUGACCGGAUUCCUAGGCGCUUUCUUGCUCAGUGAUUUGCUAGAAAACACUUCGGCGAAGAUCAUCUGUAUGGUCCGUUUCAAGGAUCCUGAAGUUGACGACCAGGCUGGAGGCGUGGCUCGUAUUCGCCGCAACCUUCUCGACUUUGGCCUUUGGCGCGACUCAAUCAUGGAGCGUGUCGAGGUCCUCCCCGGCAAUCUGUCAAGACCUCAUUUCGGUUUGUCGCCCGAAGCAUACGACGAGCUUGCCAGCCGCGUCCAAGUCAUCGUCCAUGCUGCAGCCACUGUCAACCUUGUUUACCCCUACGCGGCGCUGCGCGCUGCCAACGUUGGUGGAACCCGGGAGGUUCUUCGCCUCGCAUCCAAGGGCGGUGCGACCGUCCAAUACGUGUCCACAAAUGGUGUCUUGCCUCCUUCUGGAGAGAAGGGAUGGCCCGAGACUGCCAUGCUUGACGUUGAGGAUGUCCCCACAAAGCUCCUCGAUGGCUAUGGCCAAACCAAGUGGGUUGCCGAGCAGCUCGUCCUCAAGGCCGGAGAGCGCGGGUUGCCCGUAAAGAUCCACCGUUGCGGUACUAUCAGUGGCCACAGUCUCACUGGUUCAGCCAAUGCGUGGGAUCUACUCACUGCCCUGAUCGUCGAGUCCAUCAGACUUGGUUAUGCCCCAGACGUCGAAGGCUGGAGAGCAGAGAUGACUCCUGUCGACUUCGUAAGCAAGAGCAUCGUUCACCUCGCCACGCAGACUCAGGCCAACCAAACAAUGUUCCACCUGGGAGACCCCAACCCGGUUAACAUUCGAUCUGUCUUUGAGAACCUGGACACGCUUGGAUAUCCUACCCAGCGACUCCCGUGGGACGAGUGGGUAUCUCUCUGGUCCGAGAAGCGCAGCUUGUCCAAGGGUGGAGAUGGUUCGUUUACCGUCGACGUUCUCCGCAGUGGCAUGCCGACUGUGGAGUUCCUGCGCGGUAUUGUGGUUCUGGACAAUGCCCUGACUAGACCUUUCCGAUCGGCUGUCGAGCGUCCCAAGGUGGACGCCCUGCUCCUCGAGACAUACACUCGACACUGGUUUGCUCGUGGAUGGCUCUCCCGGGCACCCACUAGCCAACAAGCUCUGGCUCCCAAACCCACCGUCCGAGGCCCUCUCAGUGGAAAGGUCGCUGUCGUGACUGGCGCCUCAUCGGGCAUUGGUGCAGCCGUCGCGGCUGCUCUCGCCAAGGCAGGCUGUGCCGUUGCCCUGGGUGCUCGUCGCCUAGACGCUUUGGAAUCUGUCAAGCGCCAGGUUGACGUCCAUGGUGUCAAGUGUGUCGUCCGAUCCACCGAUGUCACCAGCAAGGCACAGACCGAAGAUCUCGUCAAAGCAGCCAGCGACGAGCUCGGUCCCGUGGAUAUCCUGGUUUCAUGCGCUGGCGUGAUGUACUUUGAGAUGAUGAAAAACACCAACUUCGACGAGUGGGAACGUACCGUCGACGUCAACUGCAAGGGUCUCCUGAACGCCCUCGGAACCACCGUACCUGGCAUGCUUGAACGCGGCCGGGGUCACGUCGUGGCUAUCUCCUCCGACGCCGGACGCAAGGUCUUCCCCGGUCUGGGCGUCUACUCAGCCAGUAAGUUCUUCGUCGAGGCAGCACUCCAGGCACUGCGGCUCGAGACGGCUGGUUCCGGCUUGCGCGUGACUGCCAUUCAGCCUGGUAACACGGCGACUCCGUUGUUGAACAUGUCCACCGAUACCGAGGCUGUCAAGAAGUUCGGAGAGCCGUCCGGUGCAAAGAUCCUCGAGCCGUCUGAUGUGGCGAACUCGAUUGUUCAUGCUCUUUGCCAGCCGGAGUAUGUCUCUGUGAAUGAGAUUCUGGUUGAGCCUCGUGAUGAGCCUAUUUAA